UUGAUUUUGUCAGAGCCAAGUGAAGACCGAAGUGAACACAGUACGAGAGAGUAGGGACGGCCGAUACCUCUAAAAGUAUCGAUACUUGGGUAUCGAUACUUCCAACAGCCGAAGGUAUCGGAGUAUCGAUCCUCGACCUCAAAAGUAUCGAUACCCCCGAGUAUCGAGUCGAUACUUUAAAUGAACCUCACGCCCACUGCUCUGCCGCUCUGCCUGCCAGUCGGUGCCUCCCGUCGCAGUCCCGAGCCCCACCAGCCGCUUGUCCGCGACGAAGCCGUGACUGCCAUGGACACGGCCACGCACGACGAAGCCGCCGCCGCCCUGCAGCGCGCCCAGGACGGCCUGCAGGUUCUGAGGACGUGGGCCGCUGGGAGUGGACGGGACUCGGCCGCACUCCGUGAGCACACUGCGAGGGUGGAGCGCCUCCGGGACUUGGCGCGGCAGGCCGAGAGGGAGGUCGGCCAGGAGGUGGGGCGAUGCAUUUUUAAUGAAUAG